GGAAUCCCUAAGACAACCCUGACUCCUCUAAAGUUUCCAGAAGCAGUCAGCUCUCAGUCCUGACGGCAGGAGGCAACGCACCGCCGGGCCAGUCUGCCAAUUUUCUCGGCGGCAGCUGAAGUGCCAGGAAUUCUUGGUGUUCCGUUCCUCGGGCACAACGCCGUCUGCACUUCUCGCCGCGUUGGGAGCAGCGUAAGUGAAGACAUCCAGGAUGGCUCAGGGAUCUGGGGACCAAAGAGCAGUGGGAAUUGCUGAUGCAGAGGAGAGUUCUCCAAACAUGAUCGUCUACCGCAAAAUUGAGGACAUCAUUACAAAGAUGCAAGAUGACAAGACAGGAGGUGUGCCCAUCAGAACAGUCAAGAGCUUCCUCUCCAAAAUCCCCAGUGUUGUCACAGGUACUGACAUUGUGCAGUGGCUUAUGAAGAACCUUUCCAUCGAGGACCCAGUUGAAGCAAUACACUUGGGAAGCCUUAUAGCUGCCCAGGGCUACAUCUUUCCAAUCUCAGACCACGUUCUUACCAUGAAGGAUGAUGGCACCUUUUAUCGUUUCCAGGCCCCAUACUUCUGGCCUUCAAACUGCUGGGAGCCUGAAAACACUGACUAUGCCAUCUACCUCUGUAAGAGGACAAUGCAGAAUAAAGCCAGGCUGGAAUUGGCAGAUUAUGAAGCGGAAAACUUAGCAAGACUCCAGAGGGCCUUUGCAAGGAAGUGGGAAUUCAUCUUUAUGCAAGCAGAGGCACAAGUCAAGAUUGAUCGGAAAAAGGACAAGACAGAAAGGAAAAUUCUGGAUAGUCAAGAACGGGCCUUUUGGGAUGUCCACAGGCCAGUGCCAGGCUGUGUGAACACAACAGAAAUGGAUAUCAGAAAAUGUCGUCGCUUGAAGAACCCGCAAAAGGUUAAAAAGUCAGUGUAUGGCGUGACUGAAGAGUCCCAGUCGCAAAGUCCUGUGCACGUACCCAGUCAGCCAAUCAGGAAAACCAUAAAAGAGGACAUCCGGAAACAGAUAACAUUCUUGAAUGCACAGAUUGACAGACACUGUUUAAAAAUGUCCAAAGUGGCUGAAAGCUUAAUUGCUUACACGGAACAGUAUGUGGAAUAUGAUCCUUUGAUCACACCAGCUGAGCCAUCCAAUCCCUGGAUCAGUGACGAUAUCGCUUUAUGGGACAUAGAAAUGAGCAAAGAGCCCAGCCAGCAGCGGGUAAAGAGAUGGGGCUUCUCUUUCGACGAAAUAUUGAAGGACCAAGUGGGGCAGGACCAGUUCCUACGAUUCCUGGAGUCCGAAUUCAGUUCAGAAAACCUCAGGUUCUGGUUGGCUGUCCAGGAUCUCAAGAAGCAACCCCUACAGGAUGUGGCCAAGAGGGUGGAAGAAAUCUGGCAAGAGUUUCUGGCUCCAGGGGCCCCGAGUGCAAUCAACCUGGAUUCUCACAGCUAUGAGAUAACCAGUCAAAACAUCAAAGACGGAGGGAGAUACACAUUUGAAGAUGCCCAGGAACACAUCUACAAGCUAAUGAAGAGUGACAGCUAUGCCCGCUUCCUCCGGUCAAAUGCUUACCAGGACUUGCUGCUGGCCAAGAAGAAGCCAGAAAGUGAGCAAGGUCGUAGAACUUCCUUAGAAAAGUUCACUCGCAGUGUGUGCUGCUGGCGCAGAGUCAGAAUGGCCGCUGCAUUUCACCCCCGAGGUGGCUUCCUUCCAGCAGUGGGGAAAGUCACUGGCGGGCAAGCGCCUCACCGGCCUGAUGCAGUCCUCCUGACCGUUCCCACUGCAGGGCCAGAGCCCGGGCCCAAGGACCACACGGGCAGGCGGCGGCGCUCCACAUCCGCGGACAGAGUUUCCUUACGGGGAGAUCUGGUCACUGUGAAAGAGAAAGAAUGAGGGCAUCAACGGGCCACAGUGGGGAGACUCGGUGGGUGAACAGGGAGACCAGAAAGGAGUCCACAGAGCCUGGGGUCAGCCAGGUAGAGGCCCCUGUU